AUGGCUACUCCUGAGAAGUCAAGGAGAACAUACAUAGGUCUUAAAGGCCAUCUAACCAGACUGCUCAAUAAGUCUGAAACAUUAUCCAAAGCAACUCCCAUUGAUUACAACAAAUUGAAAGUCUCUGAGAACAGUGAUCCUGAGGACAUAGACCAAGCUAUAGCUGAUAAUGACACCCAAGACAAGUUUAAUGUUCUACAUGAUAUAGUAGAUAAACAUAAACUGAAUCCAAAUGCCAAUAUAUCUCAAUUCAGUGUAUUACUAUCAGAGGCUCGUUUACCUACUCUAGACUUGCCUACAUUUGCUGGACUGGAUGAAGAAAACUGGGAUACAUUUUGGACUUCAUUUGAGGUUCAUAUUCACUCAAAACCUUCUAUUGAUAAGGUAUAUAAAUUUUCUUACCUAAACAGCCUUCUUAAAGGGGAGGCUAAGAAGGUGAUAAACAAUUUAGCCCUCACAGCGAGUAAUUAUUCAGAAGCUAUCAAACUGUUGAAGUUGAAUUACCACAACACAGAGUUAAGUAUAGCUAAUCUGUAUUAUCAAUUGCUAGACAUGAAAGCACCAAGUAACAGGCCAGAUUCUCUUCAGACUUUUAGGUUGGAAGUAGAAUCUCUAGUGAAAGCUUUAGGUACUAAAGUUAAUGUACCAGCUUCCGAGUGGUCUAUUAAGUUGCUUUUACACAGGAAACUUCCUCGUAGUGUUUUAGCAGAAAUCUACUCUCACUACAAAACCGAGUUUCUCACUCUCGGUCAAAUAUUUGAGGGUUUAAGAAUCACAGUCAACAGGCUAAAGACUCAUGAUAAAAUUAAACCAGAGUCCAAGCAGCCUAAUACCGAGAAUUCAGUGAAAACAAAAUCGACUUUAAAUACAUCCAGUAAAUUUAAACCUAAGCCUACUCCAUCCACUGGAAAGAGGAGUAGUAAUAUAGGUAUUUAUUCUGUAUCUCCCUCUGAGACUGUAGUUGAUGCUUCUAAUAAGAAGACAAGUACCACGAGGGAGAGAAAAUGCAACAAGGGUGCACAUCAUCAUGCCUUAUGUAGAAAGGCUCAAUUAAAUUCCACGAAUCCUCGUAAGGAUUCUACUAAUUCAACAUCAGUUCAGUACUGCAAAGUGCAUCAGGAGAUUAAUGUGCUUGCAACUGAGUCAGGCAACAAUACUACUCUGCCCACGACUCAAUUAAAGUUAAUUAACAAGAAAUCUAGAGUUAAUACUAGAGGUCUUUUCGACCAAAGUUCACAGAAGACCUUCAUCACCAAACACUUAGUUGAACAACUGAAAUUAAAAGCUGCCAACCGAGUGAGACUAAACAUCUCUGGUUUCUUGGCUAAUAGUGGACCCCGUGAAUAUGAAGUAGUCAAGUUACUGGUACGACUGGGAAGUUCCACUAGCCCAAUAUAUGCAAUAGUUAUGGACAAGAUUCCUUAA